AUGCCUCACAUUCCAGAUCUCGUGCGGCUGACGAGGCUGGAUACACAGUUCUCGCCCAGAGACUCGCGCACGCGAUACACCCAGCACAAAUGUACCGGCUCGAAAGCUGGGAGAAGGAAUACCGAAGAGGUGGAGCGAUGGCAGAGGACAAAAGCAUUGGGAAGAGGAAGUUAUGGAGCCGUCUACCUCGAAAAGUGUAUACAUGGGGAGAAGGCCGGCAGAGUACGAGCUGUGAAGAAGAUUCGCAAGCCUUUCGAUACAAACUACUACAGGGAGUUGGAAGCACUUGCGUUCUUCUCGUAUCCCAAGUAUGAGCAUUACUUUGUCAAGUCGUUGGGCUGGUACGAAGAUCGAAGCAACAUCUUCAUCUCUAUGGAAUACAUCGAGCACGGCGACCUUCAGCAGUAUAUCGACGCGCCGCUCCCCCAAGAGGAAGCCAAACACAUCACCUACCAAAUCCUCGAGGGCCUGGACUUUAUGCAUGAGAAUGGUUUUGCACAUCGAGAUUUGAAACCUGCGAACAUCAUGGUCGUGUCUACCGGUCCGGAAUGGUGGAUCAAGAUCGCCGACUUUGGCCUUACCAAAAGAGCUCUGGAAGAUUUUACACAGCUUCGUACCGUUGCUGGUACUCCGGCCUUUGCAGCCCCAGAGGUGCUAGGUUAUGGCCCUGUCACCGACGCCAGUGAUACGAGUUACACCACCGCCGUCGAUCUCUGGUCAACCGGCGUUAUUGCCUUUUUGAUCGUCACAGGCGAUAUCCCGUUCAGAGAUCAACGCCAGUUGGGGCAAUAUGCUCAAGGCUUGGGCGCAGCGCCAUUCGAUGCCCUCACGGCUGCGAAUGUGGACGAGCACGGGUGCGAGUUGAUCAGGACACUCAUGGCACCAGACCCAAAGGUUCGGCCUGGGACAAGAUCCUGUCUGAGAGACUUGUGGUUCGCUAGUGUUACAGGAAACACUGUUCAUACCAUGCAGUCGUUGGGAUCUGAAGCAGCACCUGCAUCGCUAGCAUCCGGCUUCGAGAAUGGCCACACCAAAGGCUCGUCGGUCACCAAUGAGACGUAUGCAGAUUGGCCUCACUCUCAAGAACCUUCCGCUCGAUGGACGACUGGUGAGGAAAACACGUCCAUGGCAUCGGCAUGGUCCGUGAACACAACCGACAAAAAGGACAGCGUCUUGUCUGAUGUCGUCGACCUUUCCUUGGCGCCAACGACUUCUUCUACCUCUCCCAGAAAUCCAUUUGAGAGCGGAGUCGAUCGCACAGGGGACCUAGCUGGGAGGCUACAGUCAGAAGAGGAGCAGUCGAUGUCCUCCGAGGAAAGCUAUGAUGAUUCCCCUCACAUUGUUGAAGCAUUGCCACCCAGUGACUUCGUGGAUCCAGCCGAGAAGACGCCUCCAGAACUACCGCGGCUGUCCGAACUACAAACAGAUAACAUAUCGCAUGGCUUGACCGUCGCACCGUCUGUAACGACAAAUGACCAAUCCAGUGAGGCUCGCGAUGACCAUCCUCAAACGUUGGAAGUCCAGUCCAGUCCCGUCAAAGACAUUGCAGCCGGUCAAGCAUAUUACGAACGGAAUUUCGCGUCGAUAAACCGUGGCAAGGAUAGAAUGAGCGUUGCGAAUAGUGCAACACGCAAGUCCUAUCAUCGAGACUCUCAUAGCCCUGCAAUCACACCUUUGGCACACGAGACGGAUCUGAGAGACUCCCGUGGAACUUUGAGCGAGAAACAGAAUCCGCGCACAGGUAGUACCAAGUACAGUUUCCUGCCGACGACGUCAACUCCUGCGCAUGCCCACGAAUCGAGGCUAGGUCCGAGCAGUCCGCGAGCUUGGGGCAAAGACCUGCUCGUCAACCAGAACUGUCAUGUCUGGAGCAUGACGUUCUCGCCGCAUGGGAGACAUCUUGUACUACCGAUCUCAAACUGGUACGAGGGUGGAUCUGCCUUUGGUGGCGAGGUGCAACUUUGGGAUACGGCUAGUGGCAUUCUGACGCAAAGCCUGAGGUGCGACAGCCUCCCCACGGCCGUGGCCUUCUCACCGGACGGUCAGAUACUGGCAUCGGCGACCUCGCGAGAGCUCCUAUUGUGGGACAGUACAAGCGGGGCUCGUGCCAUCAGGAUACCGUUCGACGAGAACCAUCUUCGUUGCCACUGUGUCGCUUUCUCGGCAGACGGGAACUUUGUGGCAGUGACGGCGUUUCGAUAUCUGAGCGACGACUUGCAAGCGCCACCAGAAUCGUUUGUGGGCGUCUGGAGCGUCGGGAGUGGAGGUCUCGUCCGGCGCCGGUAUAGCAGCGCUGACGCCAAAGUGUUUACGGUCGCUGCCUUGCCGAAUGGCAGCCUCAUCGCGGCGUCCUGGGCUCAGGGCAGACGCUUUGGAGAGAAUAGCCAUUCAUUGCGACUGUGGAACGUCAUCACGGGCGUCGAGGUCCAGACCAUGAAUGCGGCCGAGCGGCCAGGAUACGUCACCAUCUCUUCGGACGGCAGGUUGAUCGCGACAUCGGCCUACGGCGAGAGCACAAUCACGGUCUGGUACGUAGGGAGUGGUACCCUUCUGAGCACCUGGAGGGUCCCAAGCCCAAGAGAGCGUUGGUUUCCAAUAGCGUUCUCGUCAGAUGGUACGUUAUUGGCAUCUGGUGCUUCCACGGUUGUGGCUGUGUGGGAUGUUUCCACCGGACGCCAGGUUCACCGGCUGGAAAACAAUACAGAUUGGAUCCGCUGCCUGGCUUUCUCCCCAGACGGGGCGUUUGUGUCGUCAGCUUCAGCGGACGGUACCAUCAGGCUCUGGGAUCUACAGUCGACAGCACCUGCUGAUCACAGUCUGGACGACGGCGCCAUAUCUGCCGUUGCCACACGGGGGAAUAUGUUGCCUAACGUGCGCAUUUCAACACCCAAGCCGGGCAAGGGCAAACUCUGGACGAAGCUGCUUGGACGCUCUGAAAGACCGCGAAGAAUUUCGCAGCAACUGUUCUAA